AUAAACUGUACUCUCUGCUCCUACAAAUACACACUCUUCAUCAUCAUCGCAUUGUAUUGUUGUUCUCUCUUACACACAAAGUUAUGAAGAGGUCUUCAAGUGCUUCUUCUUCCCCUUGCUGCUCUUCUUCUUGCUCUUCUUCUUCGCCUUCUUCGUCUUUUUCUUCUUCUCUCGAGUUUCAGAAUCCGGUUCAAGCGGAAGCGCGAGGAAGAGCGAGUAAUAAGCGAGCCAGAAGGAGUUGUAAUGGUAAUGACGAUGGUAAUAAUGACGAUAAUAAGUUGCAGAAGGCAAAAUCCCGAAGCUCGAGCUCUUCCGCCAUUAAUGGCGGACGAAGAAGCUCUGUUUAUAGAGGAGUCACCAGGCAUCGAUGGACUGGGAGGUUCGAAGCUCAUCUCUGGGAUAAGAGUUGCUGGAACAAUCUCCAGAACAAGAAGGGACGACAAGUUUAUUUGGGGGCUUAUGAUAAUGAAGAAGCUGCUGCUAGAACCUAUGAUCUUGCUGCUCUUAAAUACUGGGGAAGAGAUUCAACAUUGAAUUUCCCGAUAGAAAUAUAUACCAAGGAGCUUGCGGAAAUGGAGAAUGUCACAAAAGAAGAGUACUUAGCUUCAUUGCGACGGCAAAGCAGUGGAUUUUCCAGAGGGGUUUCUAAGUAUCGAGGGGUAGCUAGGCAUCAUCAUAAUGGUCGAUGGGAAGCUCGGAUUGGAAGAGUAUUAGGCAACAAGUAUCUCUACUUGGGAACAUAUAGUACUCAAGAGGAAGCAGCUACAGCAUAUGACUUGGCAGCUAUACAAUACCGAGGCGCAAAUGCAGUGACCAAUUUCGACAUUAGCAGGUAUAUAGAUAAGAUCAACAUCACCAACCUGGACAACAAUGGCGAAGCCCAAGAAGAAGAUCAAACUGUGAUCACAGUACCAUCACCAUUAGAAGAAGAAGAAGUACAUCUCAAUUCAUCCUCUUCCUCAUCCUCCUCCUUGGAGUCAGAAAAUCUGCAGAACCAGAAGCAACCACAAGACCUAGAAAUCGAACCUGAAAAUCCUCAAAUUCAACCUAAUCAGAUCCCUCCACUGAACGAAGAAUCCUCUCCGAUUGCUCCUGUGGACCCCAUUCCGACUACCAAUGAAAAUGAGGAGCUUUCAUGGAUCUUCAUGGACGACGACGGAUUCUCUCAGUUUCAAGUUCCAGAUCUGCCCGACGACGGCGACUUACUGAGCGUGUUCGGUGACGGCGCGAGAAGAUUCGAUGACGACAUCGGAUUUCUGUUCAGGCCGGAUCCAGAGGAAGCCGAUUUCAACCUGGACGCGAUUUUGAGCACCCCAAGCUGCAGAGAUCUGGUGAUGGAGGAUUCUUCGACGAGGAUGGUGGCGGUGCGUGAUGAGGAUUGUGGGCAUGAGAAUUUGCUGUGUUCUGCAAAUUCUGCUUCUUGUUCAUCAAACUCUUCGAUUUCUUCUCGGGAUUAUACUUCAUGAUCGAUGUGACUGAGAUUGUUAGUUCUGGUUUGAUUUGAUGUGUGUUUUGUGAUAGGUGGUUGAUGAAUUGUGCAAGUGUUCAUGGAUUUGCCUUCAUCCAUCCAUAUAUCUUUUUUUUUUUUAGUUUAAAUUUAGUUCAACACAGGUAGACCAAAAAGAAUGAUAAGAACCGUGAAGUUACUUGAAUGCAAUAAGACAGUCAUGUUUAGUUAACAAAUAAGGUUUUCUCUUGUUUGUUUUCCUUUUAUUAAUAUUUGUAGGGAAGUUUGAAUUAUAAAGAUUUGAUGUUGGAGAUCUCAAUUUUAAAAUUA